ACCUUCGAUGGACGAAGGAGUCUGCACUUGGAAGAAAAGCUAUUGAAUGGACCACUACUCAAAAACUAAGAGUGUUAGUGAUGAGCCCGAAGGGAAGAAGGAACCGUGUGAUAUACAAGUCAAGAGUGGCAGCAAGAUACGAAAUAUUAUUUCACAGGCUAUGAGAAUCCUACAGGUGGGCUUAUGAACAGGCGAUCGCCGCAAUGGCCCCAUAAAUUAUGAACCCUAGGGAAUUUGUUCAAAUGCCUAACCAAACCUAUCAAAUACCCGUGUGUAUGAGGAAGAGAAAUGCUGACAAGUCUCUUCUCCUUGGGCAUAACAAAAGGACCCAUAUGCAUGUUCACACAGCCCUGGAACCCGGGCCCUGGAACCACGCAUCUUAAACCUGGUGAAAAAUUAGACUUGACCAUAAAAGCUCUCACGUGACCGUUCAAUAUUUUUGCUCUGUUCACACGGAACCUUGGAAAGCUAAGCAUCUAAAUUAUUGUACGGUUAAUUGGUUCCAUGUGAAUAGAACACCUGAACACUUAGAUUUAAAAAAUUCAUCAAGUGCCGUGUGAACUUGGGGGCUGAACAAGUUCAUUCCAUCUUCAUAUAUUUCUUUACAUCGGUUCACAUGAACCGUAUCUGGUUGCUUCAUUCCAUGGUCAGGUCAUUCCAAGCUGGAUUAUUCCACAAUAUAGUCAGAACUUUUCACGAGUCUUUAAGCCACGAUCAAAAACAAGGGUACUACUUGUGUAUAUACCUCAUUAUUUAAGCGGUAAGCCAAAAAAAGCGCGCUUCACAUUGAGUUUUACAAGAAAACUGUGGAGUGAUCUGAUACCGUAAAAUUCCAAAAAUAAGCCCCUCCAUGCAUGAGCCCCUCCAAAUAUAAGCCCCCCAAACCGGUAAUGCAAAAAACCCACCAUUAAAUUGCCCCUCCAAUUAUAAGCCCCCCGGGGGCUUGUACAUGGAAAAUUGCCCUCAAAUACAAAGUAAAACAAAGCAAAAACGGUAAAUUUACAUCCAAAUAUAAGGCUAGCCCAUUUGAUUUUGAAACACAAAUUUCCCUCCGUAGAUAAGCCCCUCCAAAUAUAAGCCCUCCAAAAAUAAGCCCCUCAAAAAGGGCCUUUGAAAAAUAUAAGCCCCGGGGCUUAUUUUCGGAAUUUUACGGUAAUUCCACUGAGACUGCACUUAGGAGAAUCAUACAAAAUUCUGUUUGAAAUGGAUAAUGAUGAAGUCACGUGACUAAUAUUUGUAGAUUUUCAUAAAGCUUUCAAUGUAAUCAAUCACAAUCUAACCAGAUGAACAGAUGCAAAGAAAUACAGCCAUUCCGGGAUGACGUCAUUCCAGUUUUUAUUCCGAAUGAAAUUCCCAUUGUGGUACAAAAUCUCAUUCUGAUAUCAUAAAUUCUGAAAAUGAAAUCGCAAAUUCUAUAGUCUGGGGUGAGUAGAACAUGCAUAUAUGAUCUGGCACGAAAACUAUGCAAGCCAGGACACCUUAAGGCUAAACCAUUCAAUUUUAUUAUGUGAACACAAUACAGACUUCACACUGGUGUGAAACUGAUGCCGGAAUUAACGUCAUUCUCUUAUCGUAUAAACAGCUUCAUAACCCAGGUUGAAUACUGAUUCACCUGAGAAGAAAUUUUACCAAUGAUAUAUCCACUGCAACCCAUGUCCUGUAGCUUUUGAUCAACUGGGGCUAGUUUAUUCUAGAAAAACACAGUAUAAAAUGUUUUUUUUUCUGCCCUAAAAGAGCAAAAAGGGGGACAAGAUUGUGAUAACAGGAUCAGGACCUACUGUAACAAAGACCAUCACUUGUGCUGAAAUCAUCAAAAGAAAAUUUAAAGUAAGUUCUCAAAGAGCAAUCACUCUUUAUGCUUGAGUAACAAAAAGUAUUAUAAUUAUUUGUGCUCCAAGGUAGGCAGGGAUCUAGGAUAAAUACUGAAAUUAUACAAUUUUUAAGGCACAAGCUUCAAGGGGUCUGGGAACAUGCUCCCCCUGGAAAUUUUUUGGAUUUUAACUCCCCAAAGUUUUCUUUUUUGGGCUUCUGAGUCAUUCAGACAGGAUAUUGGCCAGUUCCAAUCUCCUCGGAUGAAGCCUAAGGCCUUGCAAAUCAGCAGAUGAUUUUAUCAAGGUCAAUUUCCAUGUUGAAAGAAAAUGUUAUGAUAGCCUGCGUGGCAGGCGUUUGAAAGGAAAGAGAAACGCAAGGGGCACACAAGGAAGGUGGAUGUUUGUAUAAUGCAAAAAACAAUUCCUAUGUAGUCUCCUGGCAGGCAUUUCCCUUCCUCUUUCCUCACACCCCCCUUUCGCAGCCAAAACCCACUUUCCCUUCCCUUUCAAACGCCUGCCAUGCAGGAUGAGGUUAUGAGAAUCAAUGACAUAAUCACCAAAGGGAAACUGUUUGAUAUCUCAUCAAAUUCUCUCAACUAAUUUUUCAAAGAAAUGGAGCCAUAUAUGGAGAUCAGUUCAGAGAAUUUUAUAACUUAGUCUUUAUUAUGGCUUAAAGGGCUAAGUGUGUCACUCAACAUUUCACAAAUUUGUAGGUGUUUCCGAUAUUUCAAGGUGAAAAGUAAAAAAAUCCACUUUAUUUGAGUGCCAAUCAGUAUCAUGAAAGUACUAUUACUGGGGACACUAUUUUUACAUGUUCUUCUGGAAACAGGAGUGCCAUUUUAUGUAGUCAUUUAAGCCAUGCAGGCAAAAGUAACACCUUCAUUUCUCAGUUAUUUUAUGACCUUGAGUGUUGGUCCGGCCCUGGGGAUCACACCCAUGACAUCCUACUCUGCAGUCAAGUGCUCCACUGACUGAGCAGAGCAAAUUGGUUAGAUAAACAUAUCAAUUUUGAAAGCCCUGAUUGGACGUAAAAGUCAUAUUUGAUAACUUAUAAUGAUUUAUUAUACAGUUGAACCUAUCCGCAAUGGCCACCUUGGGGACAGAUGAAAGUGGCCAGCAUUGUAGAGAGGUUAAUAACACAAGAGUCAAUGUAUGGACUGUCCAAAAAAGUGGCCAUUGUGAAGAGGUGAUUAGUGGAGGUUUAACUGUAUUAAUUUUUCAUUCAUGUUUUUUGGCAGUUCUAGCUACCCUUGAAUUUAUAAAAAAAAAAGUUUAUGUUUAAUAUGUACUAGGAGAUAUGUUCAUAUAUACCAGUAUUCAAUGACAAUGAUUACACUGUAUCUUCAUGAUAAUAUUUGCGUCUUUUUUCAUUUUAAGGGAUUGCAUCAACUAAAUAAGCUGUUCUAUAUCAAGUAAGUAAUGAUCAGUCCUAUUUCUCAAAAUAAAUUACGAAAUCUCUCGGUAAAUAUUCAGUGUUCCUUACAAAAUGUAGGUCAGGAGCAUAGAAGUCAAACCCAUGAUACCCUUGAUACCUGUCAUAAAUUUGUCUGAAAUACGGCUAAGGGUAAGAGUACCCCCACCUGAGAUUAAGGCACAACCCCACCUCAAUGUUUCCUGGUACCUCCCCCCCCCUCCCCCCCCCGGGAGUGCAGUAGUACCCAAUAGCCCCUGCUGGAUUACCUUUGCCUAGACAGGUAACAACAUUUUAUUUUUCCAAAACAUACAAGCUAGACAGUUAAGAUAUUUUAUAGCUUUAAAGAAUUUUUGUUCUAAGGGGUAUACAGAAUGACAAUUGAAAGUAAACAAUUGUGCACAUAGACUUUAAGAAUGGUUAUAAGCGGUUAAAAGAAGUAUUCAUGUAUUCCGUCUAAUAUUUGUAUGAGUUGUUAUAUAAUUAUGAAAAUCCGUUAUUUUUGUAAACCUAAAAAGUUUUUUUUUUAUUUCGAGGCAGGAUUUAAGCAAAUGAUCUCUCUUAUUCAUUAAGAGUAUUCAAACCCUAGCAUGAGCCCACCUCUCUACUGCUUGUACUGCAACACAUUUUAUUGUUGAUCUCAAAUGUUGAAACACAACAUUUCUUCACAAAUGAAAUUGACUUUGGCCUUGAGUAAAACAACAUCUACAAGUACUGUGUAGAAUAUACAUUUUGUGUUAUGUUAUUCAUGUACAUUUGCAUUUCUUUCAGAAUUGAAGAUACAUGGGAACCUAAAGAAGAAUCACUAGAUACGUAAGUGACUGUAAUCCUUUAAGGCAGCAAUAUACUUCCAGUGCAACUUGUUUACUAUUACUGAUUACGUCUCCGCAGGUAACAAAAUGAGUUGGGUCCAAGAAAGAUUUUUUCCCAGAUUAAAUUGAGAAAUCAUUUGGAAACGGCAAGAAUGAUUUCUAAGAUAGCUCUGCAUUGUACAGUGUGUAAACAUGAGUGGAUUAUGGUACCAAAGUGCCUAUGAACAUGCUUAACCAUUUUUCAGAAACCCUCUGGUUUGAAAUUCUUGUGCACGAGCAUUCAACAAAUGGCCUCAAGGGAAGCAGAUUUUCAGCUACCAUGAAGUAUUGACAGUUUAGCUGAAGAUGCAAAAAAGAGUAGAAAAAAAUGUAUUGUUUUCAAACAAAAGCCUAUUUUGUCUCAAGCUAAACCAAACAUUGACCCAGUGACCGGAACAUGACCAGAAAUGUCAUGACACUCAUUUAAACCAGAUGUGACUCUUUUAGUAUCGCAUUAGUGUUAUCCUUUUUUGAUUGACAUUUGAAAUCGGAGAAGCUGACAAAGACAGUCGUGAAAAAUUACCUUUUGGUUGAGAUCAGUCGUAAAGGAAAAUGUAUGAGUAGAUGGUGACUGCAAUAAAAGGAUUUAUGAUUUAAUCAUAACUUUAAAAAAAUUUUCAAAUCUGAUUGGCUAUUAACUGCCCCGAUUUCAGCCUUAAUAGGACAGUUUAAUUGGACAGUACGCGUCAUACCUAAGUAAUUGGAUAGUACACGCCAUCACACGUGCGCUUAAAUGUUUUUUUUUCCUCAUUGUUAGCAAAGAAGUCUUGGAAUUUCUUGUGUUUUGAUUUUAAAAAACGCCUUCUAUAUCACAAAUUUUGUUUAAGUUAUGAUUAAUUGGUAACAGAACUUCGUGUCGUCCAAUUCAGUCUGUAAUCAUAAGAGUGAUUAAACAAAUCAGACUCCCACUAUGCAGUUGUCAGUGGUUGUUAACCACUCGUAUGAGUACAGACUGAAUUGGACUCCAAUCAGUCCUGUUACCUUUACUAAGUGAGUUAUUUUGCGCCCCACAAGUUCGGUACACCAAUAUUGGCAUCAAGAAUUAAGCCAAAUAUUUUGUUUAAGAAAUAAAGAAUCUGAAAAAAUAUACUCAGAAACUGAGUAUGGCAGUCAUUCUGUUGGUCUUGCAGGCUUCAAGUGACAAAGAGAAUCCCAUCAAUAAGCAUUACUUUGUCCAAAGUUCCUUUAGAUGCAACACAAUUAGGGUAAGAUAACCUUGUGGUCAAAGAGGCCUAGUGAUAAAUAUGAUCAUCAGCAUCUCACAAGUGUAAAAAUCUUGAGUGCUGGACAGAAUUCAAACCUAUGAAUGGCAGAGUUUUUCCAAAUAUGCUUUGGAAAAAGAAGGACAACCAGUCUUUUCGAGGCAACCUCAUUUCCCAGGGUCCCUCCCAAAUUCUCUAACCCCUCCUCCCAAACCCCCCUCCCAACCCCCACCUCAACUUACAUGUACGGUAAUGAUUAGCCGUGGUAUCCAAGGACAUAAAUAAUAAUAAUAAUAAAUAAAGUACGUAUUUUAAGAGGUCAUAGCUAGGGUGUCCCUCUAGCAAAACAUCCUGCCAGGGCCUGGUAAACGGACCUAACAGUGACAUCUUGAGUUUAAACCUGGUCUGAGGGAACUUCCAUUCGUCAGUCUGUAAAAUUGAUCAUGACUUGGAAAACUGUCAGUAAGAUCAGAUGUGCGAAACAGUUCAGCUACAAACUUGCAUUUUUCAGUGAAAAAUUGCAAUGAGUCUGUCUUCAUAUACAGGUCAAUUUAUGCAAAUACUUGCCUGGUUUGUCAAAGAAAAUGUUUACAAAUCCCUGUGGUAGAUUAAAAUAUAAGCCAUUUCCAUUUCCAACAACCCUCACUUUCAAAGCAAGUCUAAGUUCAAUCUGUCAGUCUACUGAUAAUCAUUGACCUAUGAAUGUUUGGAAUUUUGCAGAUAAUUAUCUUUAAGGUGAUGUUACACGGGAUGAUUCGCAACAACAAUUUUUAGCACAACACAGCAUUGCAACAUUGUUUCAGAUGGUUGCAACACUGUUCCAACAUUGCAACGUUGUGUUGCACAAAAAAUCGUCAUUGCGAAUCGUCUCUUGUAACAUCACCUUUACAUGUAUUGUGUCAUUCUUUCCUCUCAAGGUACCAGGCCCCGGGAAAAUCCAUAAGCCCGGUUCAGUUUGGAGAUGAAGACUGGGAACUAGCUUGGGAAGAUGACUCGGCCGAAGCAAAGCAAAGGACAAAUAAAGGACAGUUAAAAAAUAAUAAAAAGAGGAAAAAUAAACAAAGUGAAGAUAGCAGCAAAGUUGCAAACUCUAAGGAUUCUGUAUAUGAGGUUACUCAUAGCAACAGUGAGGGCCAUUCAGAGAGAGGUGCAAAUGGAGAUGUUGCGGAAAGCCAGGAGGGACAAUUAGGGAGCAAGGUCUUGAAAAAAGAGGGAGGACAUUCGUGGAAAUCUAAAUGUACUGAUACUCAAGAAAGUAAAAGUACACAGAAAACCCAAACACCUAUUAAACAUUCUCCUCAAAAGCAACAGAUAACACAGGAGUCUGCUAAAUAAACAAACUUGUAGGUGCAUCUGCCCUUCUAUUUCUAGACCUCAUGAGGGCAAGAUUAUUUGUCACUCUAUAGUUAUAAUAUGUUGACAUUUAACCUUUCUGUACACUCAUAGACUGUUAUUGUGAGAUGAUUUUGAACCUCCUCUUCACCUGACACAAUCAGAUGGCCAAGAUUACAGAUCAAGCUGGAUGACUGAAAGUUCUUAGAUCUGUUACUGAUUAAUCAUAACAAUCAAAACAUCUGUGAUAAUUAAAGCUUUUUUGAAAGUAAUUAAACAACACAGGGUCUUGCGAGUCUU